AUGCACCACAAGAUCAACGGCUCAGCUCCUGGUUUCAUGGAGGCGUCCAACAAAUACUCUGAUAAAAACAAACCUCUGAUCAGAGUGGACAACAUGAACCUGAUCACGCUUCACUCACUGUGGGCUCGUUGUUCCUGCACCUCCAUGAAGACGGAGAGCCAGCUCAGAGACGUCUUCUGCACAAUAGAAGAGGAGCAGCAAGAAGUUGAAUUCUGGAGGAAGAACCAGCCCAAAGAAAAUGGCCAAGCAGAACCCCUGAGGUGUCAGAGAGUCGGGCUGCCGGACGUGGCCGUGGACGGUGAUGACGGCGGCGCCGAGGAGGACGACGGCGCCGCAGACGACGACUAUCACAGGAGCGACCCUCAGAUCGCCAUCUGUCUGGACUGCCUUCGCAACACGGGCCAGUCGGGGGAGAGCACGGUCACCGAUCUGAUGAAGAGAUUCAUCCGCUGCUCCAGUAGAGUCACCGUGGGAACCAUCAAGAAGUUCCUCAGUCUUAAACUAAAGCUGCCGAGCUCCUACGAGCUGGAUGUGCUGUGUAACGGAGAGAUCAUGGGCCGAGACCACACUCUGGAGUUCAUCUACAUGACCCGGUGGAGGCUGCACGGGGAGAACACGUAUCCGAUGGUUCUGGAGUAUCGGCCUCGUAUCGACUUCGGCUGAACCAAGCCUGCAUGAAGAGGACCACACACACACACACACACACACACACACACACACACACACACACACACACUGUAUAUACACACAGAUACAUGCAUACACAGUGUAGACAGUAAGAACACCUGGACACACACACACAGCACCAGAGACAGAGAAAGAUUUAAAUGUAUUUUUGUACAGCCAAUGACGAAGUGCAGACGUUGUUAUGUUGAAGAGCUUUUAUGCUACAUAGAAUAAUAUAUGCUAUAAUAUAUGAUAUUUUUAAAUGUAUGUCCCUGUGCCUAAAACCUGUCGGAUCAGAGAUGAAGUACGACCAUAUCUCCACUUUGCCUGUCUAACUCUAACUGUAGAUUAAAUGUUGAUUUUCUACUGUUGA